CAGUUUUCUAUUAGUACAGCCCGAUUGGCCGUCUGCGCGUUUAGAGCCAACAUGGCGUCCUUUCGCACCAACAAUAAAGCAUCCAUAUAAACCUUGGGAGGAUCGUCUAAAAGAGGAAACACACCCGCCAUUUUCCUACAAACCUCCAGUCCUUUUAGACCCAGCAGGGGGAGGCGAGAUCCGAGAGGAGAGCCUCUGAGAAGGAAAGGGGGAGUUAGAAAGAGAAAGAGAGAGAGAGACGGUGGGAGAGGGAGAGUGCGUGACAGAGGGGUUGAGAGCGAGAGUACGUUUUUAAUAGAAGAGGACACGUUUGGUGGCGAAAUUGUGCACAUCCCCGGGACUGCCAGCAUUGUAGUCGGAUUUAAAAGGCCGAUCAGAUUCCCCCUCUUUUUUUGUUUUCCCCUUUUUCUGUUUGUUUAAAUCUGCGAAGAUGUCUGGACAGAGCAUAACGGACAGGAUUACUGCCGCGCAACACAGCGUUACCGGUUCCGCUGUGUCCAAAACGGUGUGCAAGGCGACCACGCACGAAGUCAUGGGGCCAAAGAAGAAACAUUUGGAUUAUCUGAUCCAGUGCACCAAUGAGAUGAAUGUUAACAUCCCUCAGCUUGCUGACACGCUGUUUGAGCGUACCACCAACACCAGCUGGGUGGUCUUGUUCAAAACCCUCAUCACCACACACCACAUUAUGGUCUACGGCAACGAGAGAUUUGUACAAUAUCUGGCCUCCAGGAACACAUUAUUCAACCUCAGUAAUUUUUUGGACAAAAGUGGGUUACAAGGAUAUGACAUGUCCACCUUCAUCCGGAGGUACAGCCGCUACUUAAAUGAAAAGGCUGUCUCGUACCGACAAGUGGCAUUUGACUUCACGAAAGUAAAAAGAGGGGCGGAUGGAGUCAUGAGAACUAUGAACACAGAGAAGCUCCUUAAGACGAUCCCAAUCAUCCAAAACCAGAUGGACGCCCUUCUCGACUUCAAUGUAAAUGCCAAUGAGCUCACAAACGGGGUCAUUAACGCCGCGUUCAUGCUUCUGUUUAAAGACGCGAUCCGCCUGUUUGCAGCCUACAACGAAGGGAUCAUCAACCUGCUCGAGAAGUACUUUGACAUGAAGAAGGUCCAGUGUAAAGAGGGUCUGGACAUCUAUAAGAAAUUCCUCACUCGCAUGACAAGAAUCUCAGAGUUUCUCAAAGUGGCAGAGCAAGUGGGAAUCGAUCGGGGGGAUAUACCUGACUUAUCACAGGCCCCCAGUAGCCUUCUGGAUGCCCUGGAGCAGCACUUGGCUUCAUUAGAGGGGAAAAAGGUUAAAGACUCCACGGCCGCCAGCAGAGCCAGUACUCUUUCCAACGCUGUGUCCUCCCUGGCCAACACGGGUAUCUCUUUCACCAGAGUGGAUGAGAGGGAGAAGCAGGCUGCGCUGGAGGAAGAACAGUCACGAUUAAAAGCACUUAAGGAGCAGCGUCUGAAGGAACUUACUAAGAAGCCCUCUACGUCCUCCACGACUGCCGCAUCCCCCGUUUCCACGGCAACUGACACCAUCAGCACCGCCCCAGCCAUUGACCUGUUCUCCACACCCAGUAGCUUCACUAACAAUAUACCGAAGGCUCCGAACGAUCUGUUGGACCUGCAGCCAGCGUUCCAGCCCACCUUGCCUCUCUCCUCUGGCCUGCCUUUAACCAACUCAUGGGGAGAUCCUUUCACCUCAACAGAAGCCGUUGAGGACUCCAUUCCAAACUUAAAUCCUUUCCUUACAAAACCUGUUGUUGAUCACAUGCAUCUGCCUGUCGUGUCUUCAGAUGCUGUUAGUUUUUCUAGGACGCCCAGUCAUGAAAUGUUUGGUGAUAAUUACAAUCCCUUUAUUGAUUCGAGCUGUUCUGUUGGGUCACCCGUUGAGCCGUCUGCUCAGAUGGGCUGCUUCCUCACAGACUCCUUCUGUUCUCUGGCUGCUGCCUAUCCUAACACUCCUCUCUUCCAAUCUGAGCCCUCCGCUGUAGCUGGACUAUUCGGAGGGUUCUCUGCUCCUCCUGCUGCCCAGCUUCCCAGCUCGACAGGCCUUAGUGUCGACUUCGAUUCCGUGUUUGGCAAUAAGUCAGCCACCGGCAAUGCAGACUCCGCUGGUGGCUUACUGAAACCCACAGUGGCCUCUCUCAACCAGAGCCUUGCGUCCAGUGCCCAACAGUCAGGCAAACUGGUUUCCGAUGACUUGGAUUCCUCCCUGGCGAACCUUGUGGGCAAUCUGGGUAUUGGAAACGGAACAAUGAAAAAUGACAUUCAUUGGAUUCAACCUGGAGAGAAGAAGUUGACCGGAGGAACCAACUGGCAACCAAAGACGGCUCCAAGCACAACAUGGAACCCUGCCACCAUGAAUGGCAUGCUUUUCCCACAAUACGCACCCUCUGUAAUGGCUUUCCCUGCCACGACACCCACGGGCAUUAUGGGAUACGGAAUGCCCCCUCAGAUGGGUUCCAUGGCGAUGAUGACCCAGCCAACUAUGAUGUACACGCAGCCUGUGAUGCGGCCGGCGAAUCCUUUCGGCCCAGUCUCAGGAGCUCAGCUUUCCACUGCCUCUAGUCCUUCCAGUUCAAGUCCUCUCAGACCUCCGGGACAGGACCCUUUUGCUCAGCUCUUUCUGAAGGAUUUCCUUUAGAACGUCUUUAGAUGCAGUUCAUGUAGGUGAAGAGGGCUCGACGUUUCCCAAGGAUGAAUCACACAGCAAAGCUCAAACCUUUAAUCUCUCUCCAGUCGGCCGUUGGGCUCCUCACUGAGAGUUCUGCCCCUGUACAAACCUGUACGGGAAUCGGAGGGGAAGGGUGGGGGGGAAUUGUUAGGUUAUGGGGGGGACUGUUGCCCUGUCAGAUGGAAUACAUGACACUCCUUUUGUAAUUCGUAUAACACCGUUACAUCGUGCUGUUAUUGUAUUGAUCAGCAUGUAUAAUGAAAAGUAAGCGAGUGUCGGAAUGUGUUCUCUCAGCUUCACUUUUUCCAGAAAUGUUGGGGGGGAGGUUUUCUUUGUCCGAUCGUCAAUCAAGCAUUACCUAAUUUAACCAUCACCAAAUAGAAAUUCUAACAUCCGUUUCUACUAUGAUUUCUACUUUAUUUUUCUAUGUUUGAAAAGCUGUCUGUAAUAGACAUUCCUUGUGUAUUGUCUGUAUUUAUUUAUGAUUUAUCCACUGAGGACACAAGAAACAGAAAUGGAUGAUUUCUUUCCAGGAGUAUGUGUUGAUGAUAUGGGAAUGAUUGGUUGUAAAAUUCGGAUUUCGAGAGGAACUGAAUUAUAAAAAAUAUAUAAUAUAAAAAAUGAAAUGAGAGGAGCCAUCUAUAAACUGACUGAAACAGCACUAAG